AUGCCGGUGAUACGCCGGUGGAAUGCCAAGCUGGCGUCCCGGGGUGACGCUGCCGCGGCAGCACCAAAAGACCAGCGUCUGGACCUCCCCACCAGCAUUGGGGCCACUUACGGCUGCGUAGCCCUAAAUGCCUUUGACAUGUGGGUUCUGGGGGGACAGGUGACCCCCAUGAACAGUAUUAUAGGGAACGUUUUGAGUUGCAGCAGAAUGUCGCUGACUGUGACCCAAUGGUUCUGGAAACAUGAGUUUUGGCUCCCUCCGGGAUUCACCUGGGAGGACAUGAAAGAGACCGACGAGAUCCGCUACCCUCAGCCCCAGCAUCUCCUCCUCGGCAUCCCUUUCGCUUUCCUCCUCAUUGGUCUGCGGCUGGCCUUUGAAAGGAACGUUGCUCUGCCCCUCAGCAGGAAAAUGGGACUCCGGGAGAAAGUGCGCAGGAAACCUUCCCCAAAUGCCGUUCUGGAAGCCUUUUACAACAGUCACCAAAAGAGACCAGAAGAGAGGGAGUUGAGUGGUCUGGCCAAGCAAUGCGACCUGCAGCCCCGGCAGGUGGAGAGAUGGUUUCGAUCCCGGCUCAACCAAGACCGACCCAGCCUGACAAAGAAAUUCUGCGAAGCCUGUUGGAGGACCUCCUUUUAUAUCACAUCCUUCACCACAGGCCUGGCUGUCCUGCAUGAUAAAUCCUGGUUCUGGGACCACCGCGAGUGCUGGACUGGGUACCCACAGCAGCCACUUCUGCCCUCCAUCUUUGCCUACUACAUGCUGCAGCUUUCCUUCUACUGCUCCUUGGUCAUCACCCUCCCAUUUGAUGUGAAGAGGAAGGACUUUAAAGAGCAAAUCGUCCACCAUGCUGCCACCAUCUUCCUCAUCAGCUUCUCAUACUGUGCCAACUACCUCCGCAUUGGCACCCUGGUCAUGAUUAUCCACGAUGCUUCCGACUGUUUCCUGGAGCCCACUAAGAUCUUCAACUACCUGAAAUGGCGUCGGAUUUGUGACACUCUGUUCAUUACUUUCACCAUCGUUUUCCUCGUCACCCGCCUGGUGAUUUUCCCCUACAAAGUGCUCUACAACACAGCCUAUUACUCCAUGGAACUCUACCAACCCUUUUUUGGCUACUACUUCGUGAAUGCUCUCCUGAUAGUCCUGCAGCUGCUGCACAUCUUCUGGUCUUACCUUAUCAUCCACAUGGUGUACAAGUUCCUCGCAAGCGGCACGAUGGAAAAAGACUUGAGGAGCAAUUCAGAAGACAGCGAGAAGGGCGAAGAAGAGAAGGAAGCCAAGAAGAAUGGGCCUGCCCCACCCAGCCUGAACAGCGGCGGGGACUGCAUCAGCAAAGAGACCCCCUUGCAGCUUAACGGCAGCAGCCAUCCCGCGAACGGCAAUACCAAAAUCAGCGACUUAUCUUCCCCUCAGGAGCCGACCACGGAGGGGAACAGGGACGCCCCGCCGACAGGCCGAGAGGACAGGGGAAUGAGGGCCGUGGCCCCACCUACCUCGCCCAACGAGGGGAGACAGGAGAACCCCGAGUCGGCAGGGACAGGAGCCGGCAGGAGAGCGGGGAAGACGCCGCCCCCGCAUGAGCCGGGCGGCCAGCUAGCCUCGGCGCCACCACCCAGCUAA